AUGCGUCUUCUCGGAUAUGCCUUGUUCAGCCUUAGUAGCUUUGUGGGGACCACACUAUCCACUCGAAACACCGUUCACGAGAAGCGAGACACAGUGUCUUCAGUAUGGGAGAAGCAUUCAGCAGCCACAGGAAACAUGAUAUUGCCUGUGCGCAUUGGAUUGAAGCAACAGAAUCUUGAGAAUGCCGAACGCUUUCUCCAAGACAUUUCUGAUCCGGAUUCACCGAAUUAUGCCGCUAAUACAUUUGCGCCACACCAAGAAGCGACUGAAACCACUCUUGGAUGGCUCUGUGAUUUGGGUAUAGCUAGUGAACGGAUGAAGCAAUCAGUCGGACGCAACUGGUGGGAAUUUUCCGCCACCAUCGCAGAGCUAGAAAAGCUCCUAGAAACUCGGUACUUCAACUAUCAACACAAGAAGUCUGAUAAUCUUACACACUGCGCGACUCUCAUGACGAUUAACUGUCUACGUGCACUUUAUGGCUUUCCGGCUGGUAAGUUCUCUAGUCCAGAGAACGAACUCGGGAUACCGGAGCGGACGGAAAACCUCUCCUUCGUGGAUCUGGAUGAGUUCUUUGCGAAAUAUUCGCCCCCCAGGAUCCCUACAGGCACCGUACCAGAAAUCGCUCAGGUCAAUGAGGAUAAGACUGGGAAUGGAAACGGUGAUACUGGACCCUCUCUUUUUGAAGCCGAGAUGGAUGUCCAGACUGCUUAUUCGAUUAUCUGGCUCCAACAGAUACGCGUUUAUCAGGUCCAUUCCCCGGAGAGUGUAGAUGCCAUUGGCCCAUUCAACGUCUUCCUGGACGCUCUGGAAGGUUCGUACUGUACGUAUCUCGGUGCCAAUGAAACUGGGAUGCUGCAGUGCGGUGGAGUGCCACUCAGUAACGUCAUUUCCCUCUCUUUUGGCCAAGUUGAAGGCGAUGGCCCUAAAUCAUACCAGGAAAGACAGUGUCACGAGUGGAUGAAUUUAGCACUGCAAGGUGUUAGUGUCUUAAUUGUAUCAGGAGACUCUGGAGUUGCAAAUAUGGUUGAUGGAAACAACGAGUGUCUCGAUGCUAAUGGCAAAAGCGAUGGCAACGGAAACGGCAAGCGCUUCUCUCCCGGCUUUCCCUCAAACUGUCCCUACGUCACGGUUGUCGGCGCAACAACACUACGCGAUGGAACCAUAUCCAGUGGAGAAAUGGUAGUCAAAGAUAUCUACUCGCCCAAGUACGAUAGCUCAGUCUUCAACUCCUCCGGACGCGCAUACACGGACGUUUCGGCGAUAGGCCUUCAUAUACCAGUCGUAUACGGCAAUCAUCCUGAGAUGUUCAAUGAUGUGACGGUUGGUAGUAAUCCGGGGUGUAGCACUGAGGGUUUUGUAACGAGCCCCGGGUGGGAUCCGGUUACAGGGCUGGGAACGCUGAGGUAUGAGAAGAUGAGGGAGGUGUUUUUGUCACUUCCAUAA